UAUUUAUCUUUUUAACAUGACAUAUUGGUGGGUGGAACUGAUACCACAUCAACCAUGGUGGAAUGGGUGAUGGCAGAGCUGAUGCAGCAUCCAGAGGCAAUGAGGAAAGUCAAUGAAGAGUUAACAGAAUUUGUGGGUUUGGAUAGCUUAGUUGAAGAAUCCCAUUUGCCCAAAUUACACUAUUUAGAUGCUUUCAUUAAAGAGACGUUCCGCUUGCACCCCGCGCUUCCCUUCCUAGUGCCUCGUUGUCCAAGCCAAUCUAGCACUGUUGGUGGGUACUACAUACCCAAAGGUUGUAUGGUUUGGUUAAAUGUUUGGGUGAUACAUAGCGACCCAAAGAUUUGGGAGAAUCCAUUGGAAUUUCAACCAGAAAGGUUCCUAAAUGAGUCAAGCAAUUUGGAUUAUUCUGGCAACAGUUUUAAUUAUAUUCCAGUUGGAUCUGGGAGAAGAAUAUGUGCAGGGCUUCCAUUAGCAGAAAAAACUCUGAUGUACAUCUUAGCUUCGCUCUUGCAUUCAUUUGAGUGGAAAUUGCCACAUGGUACAAAGUUGGAAUUUUCUGACAGUUUUGGUAUUGUUACCAAAAAAUUGAACCCAACAGUUGCUGUUCCAACACCAAGGUUAUCCAACUUUGAGCUCUACACAAAAUAAAAUUCUGUAUUGUAGUUACUUUCUUUUUUAAGUCAACAUGUCAUGUAAGAUGUUUCUAUUUUUCUAGUCUAAAUAAAGCUGAUAUGCUUGUCCUUGAUUGCCUA